CAAGGGACCCGAGGGAACAUAGGGAGUCAGAGAGGAGCAGGAACAGCAGACCUGAAGGACAAGGUGACAAGACAUGGAGCCAGGGCUGUGUUGUAGAGCUUACCUACUGGCUGGCAGGCUCUGGACCGCCAUCAGCAAGGCGCUGUUUGCUGAGUUCCUGGCCACAGGGCUAUACGUGUUCUUUGGGGUGGGCUCUGUCCUACCCUGGCCUGUGGCUCUUCCUUCUGUACUGCAGAUUGCCAUCACCUUCAACCUGGCCACAGCCACAGCUGUGCAGAUCUCCUGGAAGACCAGUGGGGCCCACGCCAACCCUGCUGUGACACUGGCCUAUCUCGUGGGAUCCCAUAUCUCUCUGCCUCGGGCUAUGGCCUAUAUAGCCGCCCAGUUGGCAGGGGCCACCGUGGGGGCCGCUCUUCUUUACGGGGUAACUCCAGGAGGUGUCCGAGAAACCCUUGGAGUCAACGUGGUCCACAACAGCACUUCAACCGGCCAGGCCGUGGCCGUGGAGUUAAUCCUGACGCUGCAGCUGGUGCUCUGUGUGUUUGCCUCCACGGACAGUCGGCAGACCCUGGGCUCCCCAGCUGCCAUGAUUGGGACCUCCGUGGCUCUGGGUCACCUCAUUGGGAUUUACUUCACCGGCUGCUCCAUGAACCCAGCUCGCUCCUUCGGUCCUGCCGUCAUUGUUGGGAAGUUCGCAGUCCACUGGAUCUUCUGGGUGGGACCCCUCACAGGCGCUGUCCUGGCUUCGCUGAUCUACAACUUUAUCCUGUUCCCCGACACCAAGACUGUAGCCCAGCGCCUGGCCAUCCUUGUGGGCAGCACAAAGGUGGAGAAGGUGGUAGACGUGAAACCCCAGAAGGAAUCCCAAGUGAACUCAGAGGACACAGAAGUGAGCGUGUGACCCUGCACAGUCCCCGGCCCCCACACUUCCAGGGCAGCCUGCAGGUAUGGUUUGGGGAUCCAUCAGACUGGGGUUUCCUGAAGUAAGAAAUCAAUCUCCCAGAAAGACUUCAUUCUUACUUCCCAGAUGCUCAGGAAGGUCCCUACCCUGGGACAAGCUCACACAGAGGAGCCUUCCCCUGGAUUCGCAAAGUUAGGGAGAUCUGGACCAGAUGGUCUACCCUGGGCCCCUCAGUAUAGACACAGGAAACCUCUACUUGCUACAUUCAUUCUAUAACCUGGGCCAGAAGCCUCUCCAGACUGGCUGUCAGCAUCACAGGCCCCAAAGAAGCUGUUAAAUAAGUCCUUUUAAAUGAGACCACAGAGUGACCCAGAAAAUCGAGAUUAGAGGUUUAGUGCCUCUAAAAGACCCUGGGAGUUGAAUUGAUUUUGUUAGAUGUUAAAGGCUACUGUACAUCUACUCUGCCUCUAAUAGCAGGCUGUGGGGUGGCGGGGACCCUGUCUGGAU